GUUACUUCGAAUAGGUGUCGCCAUCGUAGAUCGGUUGACGCGUGAAUCAGUUCGUUUGACGUUUCGACGAAACGCGAGUAAAAAUUGAAAUUUUUCCAUUCGAUCGGUCAGCCUCGUUUUCGCAUCCAACGAAAUGAACAGACUAUUCGGCCGCGCGAAACCUAGAGAACCACCGCCGAGUCUUACGGACUGCAUUGCCGGGGUCGACAGCAGAGCCGAUUCGGCGGAAAAGAAGAUAGCGAAAUUGGACGCGGAGUUAAAAAAGUUUAAAGACCAAAUGUCGGUAAUGAGGGAAGGCCCUGCGAAAAACGCGGUAAAGGCUAAAGCGAUGCGCGUUUUGAAGCAGCGAAAAAUGUACGAGGCGCAAGUAGAUAAUUUGCGUCAGCAGGCGUUCAACAUGGAACAAGCCAACUAUGCUACGCAAACUUUGAAAGAUACUCAAGCAACCGUAGUCGCCAUGAAGGAGGGAGUUAAGCAGAUGCAGAAAGAAUUUAAAAACAUAAAUAUCGACCACAUCGAGGAUCUUCAAGACGACUUGGCGGACAUGCUGGAGCAAGCGGACGAGGUGCAGGAAGCGAUGGGUCGCAGUUACGGAAUGCCAGAUAUAGACGAGGACGAAUUAGCGGCGGAACUCGAAGCUCUCGGCGAUGAUUUGGCUAUAGACGAAGACACCAGUUACUUGGACGAUGCCAUCAAAGCACCCAACGCUCCCGAUAAAGAACCCGGCGCGAGUACCAUUAGGAACAAAGACGGCGUGUUGGUCGAUGAAUUUGGUUUGCCACAAAUACCGGCCAGUUAAGUUUACGCGAUCGAAUAGUUUAGCGACACGUCGAUACGCGCGCGUUACGUCCUGAAAACGUUUCGGACAUUCAAAGUUACCGGUACAAAUUUACGCAGCGAUCUGUGUCCUCGAGAAUUAAUAUAAUUCUGUUAUCGUUGGUAGCCAAGCUAUUACGUUUAUUCAAAUAUUUCUGCCUCUCAACUGUAUAAAUCAAAUGAGCCCAAUAAAUCCGUAUUUUUCAAUGUUUCGUUACGUCGCGAUAACGCGUUGUUAAAUUACCUGUAGUCUAGGGACAUCUGUUCGCUUCGGAUUCUCCAACUCCCUGUACUGUGCGAUCGAGUCUCUAAUCGACUCUGUGCCAUUCCGAAAAUCUGCUUCAUCGAAACCCUCAACUUGCGUAUAGUGAUGGACAUGUGCCUGUAAUACGAUUCACCGAUUACACCCUUAGA